AUCACAAUUUCAUUUCCAAAAUAAAAGUCAUAGUUACCUCUUCGCCUUCCUUUGCAAUUGUCAUUUGUCGCCAAACAAUUAUUGCUUAGCUCUCACAAGCAAGCUUUAACAACAAUGAAGAAAGUAGUGUUAAAGUUGGACUUACAUGGUGAUAGAAUCAAGCAAAAAGCUAUGAAGACAGCAUCUGGCCUUUCAGGGGUUGAAUCAGUUUCUGUUGACAUGAAAGACAUGAAAAUGAUCGUGUUGGGGGAUAUUGAUCCAGUGAGUGCAGUGUCCAAACUACGAAAGUGUUGUCACACUGAACUAGUUUCAGUUGGACAAGCAGAAGAGAAUAAGAAGGAGAAUGUGGAGCCAGCAAAAGUACCUGUUCCUCUAAAGCUCCAUGAACCUUAUCCCCUUUAUUAUCAUAUGACAUCACAGUAUACUCAAAGUUACUAUGUCUCAAGUUACGAAGAGAAUCCCAGAGGCUGUGUCAUCUGCUAAAUUUCAUAAUAUUAGAAAGUUUGAUUUUAUGACAAAGUAGUCAUUUUUUGUUACUUUUAUUUGUAUUAUGCAUGAUCUAGUAGAUUGAAGAUUAUGGUGUGUCCAAGAGACUAAAUAUGCUGUACAUAGUGGGUGUAUGACACGACUUUGUCAUUCUGUACAAUGUAGACAAAAAUUUGAUCCGUUAGUCAUAAGCAUUACUACCAAGAUUUUGAGUGGAAAAUGUUUUCUUCUUAACA